AUGGACGCCGAGGACGAUGACCACGGGACGACGACGCGACGACGCGAUCGAUCGACGACGCGCGCGCGCGCGGUGGACGCGCGAUGCGCGCUCGAUGCGGCGCGUCAACGGGCGCGGGCGCUGCGAGGGGCGGUGGAGGCGGCGAUGGGGGCGCGGGACGACGCGCGGGCGAAGACGGAUGACGACGGGACGCCUCGGACGCGGUCGGCGAACGCGGAGACGACGCGUCGCGCCGCGCGGGCGCUGGAGACGGUGAUCGCGCGCGAGCGACGAGACGUGGUGGCGGUGCGCGCGCGCGUGGAGGCGCGGGAGCGAUGGAUCGCGGAGGCGACGACGGCGCUUCGGGACGCGCGGCGGGCGGCGUUCGAGGUGGAGGUGCCGAUCGCGUUAGCGGAGGCGGAGAGCGAUUUGCGGGAGAUACAGCUUCGAGUGGGGCGUGAGACGGCGAGGGUGAUGCGGGAGUUACGAGCGCUCGUGCCCGUGGUGACGGAGGUCGGGGAUCGGCGCGCGUCGUCGAGCCGCCGGGCGGGUCGCCCGGGGAGACGCGUGCGGGCGUGCGGGUGUAAAGUCCCGGACGCGUUCGACGGCGAGGGGUUCGACGCGAACGAGCUCGCGGGUGGUUUAGGGGCGAUGUUGCAUUUCGCGACGCUCGCGUCGAGGUACCUCGACGCGCCGCGCCUACACAGAGGGUCGCACGCCGGGUCGCGUUCGUACGUGUGGGCGCCCACGAGCGCGUGGGACGACGCGGCGUCGAGCGUGUGGGAAAACAACGGUACCGUGCACGUGCGCGAUUUCGCCGGAGCGAACGCCGAGCGAUUGGCACUGUUUCUUCCCAGAGCCGUCGUCGAUGGCUCGGUCGACACCGCGAGCGAGCGGGUUCAGGAGAGCAGACUUUUGCUGAAGCGCGCGAUGCGACUUCUGGCUCGAUCCGUGGCCGCGACGUGUGCGCAUCAAGCUCGCGAGUGCGGCGUCGUCGCGCCGGCAGAUAUGGGCCCGUUUGCGCAGCUGUGCGCCCUCACGGCUCACGUGGCGCGAGGCAAUCAGGAGGGGUCGACGCUGCCCGCGGCGGCGCGCGCGCAGACGCCGCCGCACGUUUUGCACAACAGCACCAACGACGCCGCGGGUGCGCGACGUGGGUCACCAGAACUCUUGGACCCGACGACUAUGAUGCAAAGCGUGGUGGAUGGUGCGGUUGUGGACGCGCACGCGAGCUCUGCGAAGCGGUCGCCGCUCACAACGUCCAUCAUUGAAGCCGUGAGAAGUCGUUGGCUCUGCGAGCGCCCGCCGUCGCGAGGACACGGAUUCACCGCGAUCGAAGAGGAUGAAUUCGAGAACGUAGACGAUUGUUUCUUCGUCGACUUAGAUUGCGACGAUGGUAUUGACGAUUGGGAGUCGAUGCGCGGCGAACGAAUGAACGGCGGUAAGCCAAGGGCGAAGAACGCGAGCGUCGACGCCAAGCCGCCGAGAAGUCUCGUGUUACCGCCACCCCCGAGCUCGGUGGACAUCGAACAGUGGGAGCGCGCCAUGCUCAUCGACAACCAGCGUUAG